AGCGUCGGGCGCUCCAGUCGUCCCCGGGCCCGGCGCGCGGCAUGGACAAGCUCAAGAAGGUGCUGAGCGGGCAGGACACGGAGGACCGCGGCGCCUUGUCCGAGGUCAUCGAUGCAUCCACCCUGAGCUGGAGCACCCGGAUUAAGGGCUUUGCCAUCUGCUUUGUGCUGGGGAUCCUCUGUUCCCUGCUGGGGACUCUGUUCCUCUGGCUGCCCCGAAAGGGCCUCACACUCUUUGCUGUAUUCUACACCUUUGGCAACAUGGCGUCCAUCUGCAGCACCGUCUUCCUCAUGGGGCCCUUGAAACAGCUAAAGCGAAUGUUCGAGCCCACACGCUUGAUCGCCACCAUCAUGGUGCUGCUGUGCUUCGCGCUCACACUGUGUUCGGCUUUCUGGUGGCACAACAAGGGGCUGGCACUCAUCUUCUGCAUCCUCCAGUCACUGGCGCUGACAUGGUAUAGCCUGUCCUUCAUCCCCUUUGCCAGGGACGCUGUGAAGAAAUGCUUUGCAGCCUGCCUCGAGUGACCCAUGGCCAGUUUUGUUUCUGUGUGGUGCAGCUGAACACUCUGGGCUCUUGUACAUAUCCCCUUUCAGACACUUGCCUUUGUGUUCCCAACAAUGUAUUUGCCCCACACUUGGGUGAGGGAUGUUGAAUACUUUCAGCGUGGUUUGCAACUUGGAUAUUGCUGCCCAGUAAGAGGGGUGCACUUUGUAUUUGGGGGCACAGUCUGUUCCUCAUGCCCCAUCUCCUUUUUGGACAGGCCCCCCUGAAAUUCUCUUGAAU